GCCAGUUCCACCCAGUUGCAAAUAAGAUGCUUCGAGUCCAGCGCCAAAUUGUUCGCCGCGUCGGGCUCCGCGCCUUCUCGGACAAAUGGGCCGAGCGCGAGACCGCGUACGAGAAGAGCUACGUGAACCAGCAAGACGCCAAGGCGCUGCGCCACUUGCUGGCGAAAAUGAAGGCCGACGCCGACGUCUCGGCCUUGGACAAGCUUCAAGCGACAGCGGCGAUGCACAUUGGCCGUAUCCUCGGGCACCCCGUGUCGGCUUCGACGUUGAAGAAGCUGCUCGAAUGGAAGUACGGCUCGUUGUAAUGCUGCGUUUUGCGGCAAUAUUGAGUAAUUUGACGGUGUAUUUCUCGUAUCUUUGACGCGCUCACGAGCCGC